UGUAGCUGCCGUCAGAAGCAAUGCUUAUAUAUUACACUCUAUAAACAUAAACUUUACAUUAAAAAGUCAAUAAAUAGAUAAAAUGUUCAAAUUAAUCAUUAGAAUAAAUAAGUAAUGUAUAUUUGUUGUUAAUGCAUGUUAAUUCAUUUAAAGUUAUUUAACUAAAACUAUAAGGGGGAGGGGGGAACCUUUUCUUGUUAUGUUUAGCUUGGGAAUUAUUUCAUUGUUGCAAUGAAGAUAUUCUUCCGAUCCACUACAAGUAGUUCAGCCACAAGGUGCUGUGCUAAAACAAGUUUUUAAGGUUUAAGAAGUGCAAAGAAGUUUGUUAAAGAGAAACUGCAACCCUUCAAGUUUAUUCCUCUUGAGUUAGAGAGGCCAAUGAGUUCUGACGGCAAUAUUGGGACAUAAAGGAGUGCAAGGCUAGAAUGUACAAGACAUACUACAGACUCGUGUCCGAAUAAAUGUCAGUUAAAAUAAAGAACGACUUGAGCCUUUGUUUCAUCUCGAGGGGAGUAACAGUCAGAACUCAGCCUGUUUCGCGCUGGAAGAGAGGAGAGGAGGAGAGGAGAGCAGAGCGGUGCCGGUCGCAGCAGCGGAGCUGUAAACGAGCAGCUCGUUAGGCGGUGACGUCGUUCUCAAGCAUCAAAGGAAAAAAGGACUGCAAGCGCGCAAAUCCCACAUCAACGGCUGUCGGUGUAUAAGAGUGCAGCGUGGUUAAGCUAAGAAGAAGUAACACAUUUAAAACAAGUUAAAUGUGAAGCAGAUUAACCUUGUUAAUUUAAAGGGACUUUAUUAAGUGUUUACAGGGGUAAAGUGCAGUGGUAAAAAAUUUGAGACUAAGCUGAAGUUAUUGUUUGUUUAAUAUAAGGUGACUGUUAGCUACAAGUAUUUUAUUAUUCAUUUAAGGAUACAUUAAGAUAUAUUUAAAGGGAAGUCAUUGCUUUUUCAUUUUUUAUAUUUUAUAUUUUGUAACAAGUGAGAAAAAUUUAAAAUUUAUAAUUUGGCUUAUUAGGUGUUUAUGACACACAUUUAAGUUUAUCUUUAAAUAGUUGAGAAAUUUACUGCUAUAAGCACAUUAAAGACAGUGAUAUCACUUAGUUGAGAUAUAGUUAUAAGUAACAAGUUUAAAGCACACUAUAAUAGUGGUAUGGCAGAUCAAGAAGACUGUGAUAUUGAUGCUGUGGAGUUGCAGUUACAAGUCAGUCCUGAAGAUGAAAAUUGUGAAACAAGCGCACAAGAGCCAAGCACAAAUGAAGCUGCUAAAGAAGAGAGCUUGAGGAAAAGCCAAAGAGUUAGGAAAUUCACUGAAAAGGGUCAAGCACUUCACGAUGAAAAGGUGAAUAAGUUUCAAACUCACUUUAAGGCAUGCUAUGAUGAAUGGAAAUCUGCUGCUAAACAAGCUAAAAAGGCACUUGAAAACCCUGUUAGUGUAACAUUGCAUGAUCACAUUGCCCACGUCCAAUAUGCCUCAUCAGAAGUAAAACAAACCUAUGAUAAGCUGCGCAGUUAUGUAACUCCUGAUGGAGACACCCGUCGAAGAGUGGAUACAUGCGAUGCUGUUUCUCAAAAGCUUAUAAAACUAGCUGAAGAUUGGCUUGUAGAAAGUGGAAGUGUAAAGGAUGUAGCAAAGGGGUCACUACGCUGGAGUGAAGCUGGUUCAGUGUUCAUCUCAGCAGCGUCUCAAAAAUCUAAGAGUGCAGGAAGCACAUAUUCAAGUUCAAGCAGAUUAUCUGUAAAGAAACAGGAAGCAGCAGCUGAAUUAGCUGCAACUGAAGCUGCUCUUAAAGUUAUGGAGGAAAUGGAUCGUGAAAGAAACGAACUUGAAAAUCUAGAAGCAGAAAACCGGCAAAGGUUAGCAAUACAAGAAGCAGAAAAUGCUGAAAAACUAAAAGCAUUAGAACAGAAGCGAAGAGAGCUAGAACGUCUAGAAACUGUAAAGAAAAUGAAUGCUGCCAAGGCACGACUGAAAGUGUACGAGGAAGAAAUUAAUUCAGAUGAAGAAAUCUCAGACCUCCUACAUGACAAUGUUAAACAAAGGAAAGCUGCUCCUAAGCCAGGAAGUUUGCCUGAACCUCUGCUAACACCAUCAAAACCUACUGUAAAACUGCAUCAGUUUUCCGCUUUACCACAGACCACAAGGUGUCAACUUCCGAACAAUGCUACACAAGAAGAUAGCACUACUGCUCUGGCUAGAGCAUUAGCAGAAUCCAUUAAUAUAAGCCGUCUACCAGUACCAGAGCCUGCUGUAUUCAAUGGAGACCCACUCAAGUACAAAGACUGGAAAAUGUCUUUUCAGACACUGAUAGAUCGGAAAAACAUCCCAGUAAAUGAAAAGAUUUACUAUCUCCGCAAGUAUGUGGGUGGACCAGCCAGAAGAGCUGUUGAGAGUUACUUUCUACUGGGCACGGAUGAAGCAUAUUAUGCGGCAUGGGACACUCUUGAAGAAAGAUAUGGAGGUUCAUUUGUGAUCGCCAAAGCCUUCAGAGAUAAGCUAAAUUCAUGGCCAAAAAUCGGAACAAAAGACAGUUCUGAGUUACGAGAGUUUUCUGAUUUUCUCAGAGGCUGUGAAGCUGCUAUGCUACAAAUCAAGAAUCUUGAUGUCUUAAAUGAUUGCAGUGAAAAUCAGAAAAUACUAAGUAAGCUUCCAGAUUGGUUAACAGCAAGAUGGAAUAGAAAAGUGAUUGAGAUUGAAGAGCAGCACGGUUCCUUUCCAACAUUUAGUAACUUUGUGGACUUUAUCACAAGAGAAGCCAAGAUUGCGUGCAACCCAGUAACUUCACUACAUGCACUCAAGGGAAGUGACUUAGAAAAAGUUAAGCCUACAAAGACUCGAAGUAUCGGAACUAAGGUGCUGGCAAGUGCUGCAGAGGAGAAACCAAAUAUACAGAAAUGUGUUUUCUGUGACAGAUUGUACCAUAGCAUUCACACAUGUCGACAGUUUAUGGACAAGUCAAUAAUGGAGCGAGUCAAGUUCGUGCAAACAAAGGGAUUAUGUUUUGGGUGCCUUAACCCUGGACACCAUUCAAAGAAAUGUGGAAAGAGAAGUGUUUGUGACACAUGCAAAGGGAAACACCCAACCUGUUUACACGAGGAACGGGAUAAACAAAUCAGAAAGAAUAAAGAAGGCAUAAAAGACACAAAGGAAAACAAACAAAGCAAAGAAAUACCAUGUGAGACAAUAUCACACCGUGUAGUUCAAAAUAAUAGUAGUAACCUCACAUCUACAAUCAGUCCAGUUUGGUUAUCUACAACAAACAACCCAGAACAUGAAAUCCUGGUGUAUGCUCUUCUAGAUAGUCAGAGUGACACAACAUUCAUUUUACAAGAAAAGGCAGAUGGUCUGGAUGCUGACAAGAAGCAUGUACAGUUAAAGCUUUCUACACUGUCAACCAGAGAUUCAGUUAUCCAAAGUGAAAGGCUGUCUGGGCUGCAAGUCAGAGGCUUCUAUUCCUCAAAGAGAAUUCUUCUUCCCGUAACAUACACAAGAGAAUUUAUUCCUGCAAAUCUAAAUCACAUAUCCACUCCUAAGACAGCAAGAGCAUGGCCCCACUUAGAGCACCUUGCCGAAGAGAUAGCCCCUCCUAUAGAAUGCGAUGUUGGGUUACUCAUAGGUUACAAUUGCUCACAAGCGCUUUUACCUAGAGAAGUUGUGUCAGGAAAAGACAAUGAGCCAUUCGCUCAAAGAACAGACUUGGGUUGGACAAUAGUCGGUGGAGCUGACCCUUGUGUUGACUAUGGUGAUGCUAUGGGAAGCAGCCACAGGAUUAUUGUUAAGGAAGUGACACCCAAGUUGUCAUCAGAUCAGUUGCCAAAUGAAGUCCAUUACAUUUGUCGCACACAAGUCAAAGAAAUAAUCACACCACCAGACGUGAUUAAAGUUCUUGAAUCUGAUUUCAGUGAAAGAAAGGUGAAAGAGUCUCACUUCUCCCAAGAGGAUCUACGAUUUUUGUCUAUAAUGGAAGAAGGAGUAAGGAUAACAGCAGACGGACAUUGUGAGCUACCAUUGCCAUUUAAAGAGGACAGGCCGUGUCUGGCAAACAAUAAAAGCUGUGCAGAACACCGACUCCAAUGUCUUAAGAAAAGACUUGAAAGAGACAAACAAUAUUGCAACGACUAUACAACAUUCAUGAAUGAAACUAUAGAGCGUGGAGAUGCAAAAAGAGUUCCACUUGAAGAACUUGACAAAAGCUCUACCUGGUACCUUCCGCAUCAUGGGGUGUACCACCCCCAAAAACCAGGGAAAAUAAGAGUAGUGUUUGAUUGUUCGGCCAAAUUUAAAGGUGUGUCAUUAAAUGAUCAUCUGCUCACAGGGCCAGAGCUAACCAAUACCUUGAUAGGUGUCUUGUGUCGGUUUCGCAAGGGUCCAGUGGCAGUGAUGUGUGACAUAGAACGUAUGUUUCACCAGUUUAGAGUCAGGGACGAAGAUCAAGACUACCUCCGUUUCCUGUGGUGGGACAAUGGAGAUUUUCACUUAAGUCCAUCAGUCUACCGAAUGAGAGUUCAUUUGUUCGGAGCUGCUUCGUCACCGGCUUGUGCAAACUUUGGUCUCAAGUACAUUGCAGCACAAGGUCGAGGCCAGUUCAGUGAAGCAACUAUAAGAUUCAUUGAAAGGAACUUUUAUGUGGACGAUGGCCUUAUCAGUUUCCACUCCGAAGAAGAGGCUAUUCGUUUAGUCCAUGAAGCGAAAAAACUCUGCAGUAUUGGAAAAUUGCGACUGCAUAAGUUUGUUUCUAACAGCCCACAAGUUCUUGAAUCUCUCCCUAAAGAAGAUUGUGUAGAGACAGUAAGAAACCAAGAUCUAGCACUGGGCGAGCAACUGAUUGAAAGAGCUCUAGGGGUUAAAUGGAGUGUUGCUUCAGAUCAUUUCCAGUUUCGAGUAGUAGUGAGUGAGCGUCCAUUCUCCAGACGAGGAGUCUUGUCAACUGUAGCUUCCAUCUACGACCCACUUGGAUUUGUGGCGCCUUUCGUUCUGCUUGGCAAGCAAAUUCUACAGCAAAUGUGUCGUGACAAGUCAGACUGGGACACACCACUCUCAAAUGAGCAUCAGUCACGGUGGGAGUCCUGGCUUACAGAUCUAAAGGACCUUGCGCAUGUCAAGAUUGAUCGCUGCUAUCUACCAGCAGAUUUUCAAGAAGUUCAGAGAUAUGAACUCCACCAUUUUUCAGACGCAAGUGUUGCAGGAUAUGGUGUCUGUACGUAUCUAAGAGCAGUCAGUAGAUCAGGACGAAUCCACUGUUCACUUGUCAUUGCAAAGUCCAGAGUAGCACCCACCAAGGUAACUACUGUACCAAGAUUGGAGCUGUCCGCAGCAGUAGUAGCGGUGCGCAUAAGUGAUAUGCUCAAAGGAGAACUAGAGUUGGAAAAUGUUCAAGAGUUCUUCUGGACAGACUCUCAGGUUGUCCUGGGAUAUAUAAACAAUGAAGCGAGGCGUUUUCAUGUUUUCGUGGCAAACCGUAUCCAACGAAUCAAGGAAAGUACUAAACCAACACAGUGGAAGUAUGUUGCAUCAGAAGAUAACCCUGCUGACCAUGCGUCUCGAGGUCUCAAAUCUAAAGAACUCAUUGCUUCCAACUGGUUUAGUGGCCCAAGUUUUCUUUGGGAAGAUUCACUUCCUACUGGAGAGAUUAAGGUGGGAGAUCUUGACACAGAUGACCCAGAGGUACGCAAAGUUCUUGUACACCACACCUUGACAACAGAGAAUUCUCUGGCAGAACGUUUCAGCAAAUUCUCCAGCUGGACAAAAUUAGUUAAAGCUAUUGCAAGACUAAUCAGAUUUGUAAAGGAGUUGAAGGGCUCAAUAAAGCGAACCAAUAAAGCUACAAGUCUCGAAGAAAGGCAAGAAGCUGAACAUGUAGUUAUUGCCAUUGAACAAGGAUUAGUCUUUUCCAAAGAAAUCAAGGAACUCCACUCCAAGAAGGAGUUAAUUACUAAAGACAGAGCAAGCAGAUUGUAUCGACUCAAUCCCUUCUUGGACCACAAGGGCAUCCUCAGAGUGGGAGGAAGAUUAGAGCAUGCAACUUUACACCCAAAUGUCAAGCAUCCAUUUAUCUUACCAAAAACCAGUCAUAUCACCAAGUUACUGAUUGAUCACUAUCAUCAGAAAGUGAAACACCAAGGGCGUGGCAUGACCACAAACGAACUGAGAUCUAAUGGCAUAUGGAUUCUCGGCUGUAGUCAAGCAGUAUCAUCAUUUAUCUACAACUGUGUCAAAUGCAGAAAAUUCAGGCGGCAAACAGAAGAACAAAAGAUGGCAAACCUGCCUAGCGAAAGAAUGGAGACAACUCCUCCCUUCACAUAUUGUGGGAUGGAUUGUUUCGGUCCAUUUUACAUCAAGGAGGGAAGAAGGGAACUAAAGCGCUAUGGGCUGCUGUUCACAUGUUUGUGCUCUCGUGCAGUACAUAUAGAGUUACUUGAUGAUUUAUCAACUGACGCAUUCCUUAACUCACUUCGGGCAUUCAUUGCUUUACGUGGAAACGUUCGUCAGCUGCAAUCAGACCAAGGCACCAAUUUUGUUGGAGCAAGGCGUGAGUUUUUGGAAGCAGUGAAAGAAAUGGACCAGGAAUGUCUGAAACAACUAGGCUGUGAGUUUGUCAUGAACCCACCCUCUGCCAGCCAUAUGGGUGGAGCCUGGGAACGGCAAAUCCGAACAAUCAGAAGUGUGUUGAAUUCCAUCCUGGAUCAAUCAUCUAGAACUCUGGACAGUUCAUCCUUAAGAACAUAUCUAUAUGAAGUGAUGGCAAUCGUAAAUAGCCGACCCAUAACAACACAAUUACUCAACGAUCCUACUGGACCACAACCACUUACACCCAACCUUCUUUUGACAAUGAAAUCGUCAAUAAUACUGCCUCCACCAGGAGAUUUUGUAAAGGAAGACCUUUACCUUCGUAAAAGAUGGCGUCGAGUGCAGUAUCUGGCUAACGAAUUUUGGCAAAGAUGGAAAAAGGAAUAUUUGUUGAGCCUACAACAAAGACAAAAGUGGCACAAAACGAACAGAAAUGCAAAAGUCAAUGACAUCGUCAUAAUACAAGAUGAUACAACGCAGAGAAAUGAUUGGAAGCUGGCAAAAGUUACUGCUGUGUACCCAAGUCAAGAUGGAUGCAUACGAAAAGUGCAGCUACUAAUCAGUGACUCCACAUUAGAUAACCAUGGAAGGAAACUGUGUAAACCUGUCCAUCUAGUAAGGCCAAUCCACAAGACUGUCACAUUACUGGAAGCUGAUUAGCACAGUUCACAUUUCAUUCUGGAAAUCACAAGUGAUUGGUGGGAGUGUAGCUGCCGUCAGAAGCAAUGCUUAUAUAUUACACUCUAUAAACAUAAACUUUACAUUAAAAAGUCAAUAAAUAGAUAAAAUGUUCAAAUUAAUCAUUAGAAUAAAUAAGUAAUGUAUAUUUGUUGUUAAUGCAUGUUAAUUCAUUUAAAGUUAUUUAACUAAAACUAUAAGGGGGAGGGGGGAACCUUUUCUUGUUAUGUUUAGCUUGGGAAUUAUUUCAUUGUUGCAAUGAAGAUAUUCUUCCGAUCCACUACAAGUAGUUCAGCCACAAGGUGCUGUGCUAAAACAAGUUUUUAAGGUUUAAGAAGUGCAAAGAAGUUUGUUAAAGAGAAACUGCAACCCUUCAAGUUUAUUCCUCUUGAGUUAGAGAGGCCAAUGAGGUAUGUGUUGUAUGGUGUUAACGUAUGUGAACGUGUAUGAUUAUGUGUCCGUAUGUAAUGUAUAAUUAGCCAAUUAAGUGUAUUUCGUUACAUGUUGAAUGUGCACUUUAUUUUUUGUUUGUAUGUAUGUUGUUUAUUACGUGCAACAUCACCUUUAAAGGGUUAAUUGAAGUUUAUGUAUUUCUUUUCGUAGUUCUGACGGCAAUAUUGGGACAUAAAGGAGUGCAAGGCUAGAAUGUACAAGACAUACUACAGACUCGUGUCCGAAUAAAUGUCAGUUAAAAUAAAGAA